AAAAAAAAGGCUUGCAGUGGAGCUCGCGCGGUAAUCUGUGACAGCUGGAAAUGGACAGCGACAACGAAGCACGCGCUAAGUCGUCUCACACAGAUAUGAAGCGUCCAAAAAGCCCAGCCAACUGUCCAGACAGCAGCCCCCCUCCCAAGAGUCAGCAGGGAAAGGAAGAAGAAGAAGAAGAAGAAGAGGAAGUGGAGGAGGAGGAGGAGGAGAGGAAGGUGAUGACAGGACACAGGGCCAAACGAGAGCGCCGUCAAGGCAGCGGUGGCAGCACUGCUACAAUGUGUCAGGUGUGCAACAUACAGCUGAACUCCAGCGCCCAGGCUCAGAUCCACUACAGGGGGAAGACUCACCAGAGGAGGCUGCGCAGAUUAGCCAAGGCUGUCACCUCAGGGAGGAGUGCAAAGCGUCCCUUCUCCUGCGCCCUCUCCCAGAGCCAGGUCCACCCGCUCCUGGGCUCCCUGUCUUUGCCGGGUCGACCUCUUCAGCCGCAGACUCAUGCCCACCUGGAGCAUUUUCUGCCGCUCAGGGUCAACAGCUCCUCACCACUCAGCCUUUUCCCUAACUUCAACACGAUGGACCCAGUGCAGAAGGCAGUGAUCAACCACACCUUUGGCAUGGCUCCACCCAAGAAGAAACCCAUCAUCUCCUGUAACAUCUGUCACCUGCGCUUUAACUCCACCACCCAAGCGGAAGCCCACUACAAAGGUCACAAGCAUGCUCGCAAGUUGAAGGCCCUGGAGACGCAGAGAAACCGGCAGAAGAACGGAUACAGUCCAUCUUCAGUGGUGAAAGAGAGAGAGAGGGGGGCGGUGCAAACAGACCCACAAUCAAAAGAAAAAACAUGCCCGAAUCCUUCCCAGCCUGAACAGCAGCAACCAGAGAACGACCCGGAGACCCCACCAGAAUCCACUCCCUCCCCCUUACAGCCAUCAUCCACAGACUGCUCCUCGCUCCCCUCUCCUCCGCUAUCCCCCAAAAUUUCCCCUAGUCCUCAGUUACAUGACAUACCCUCUGACUCUCCAGCCAUGGAAGGCUGCAGCCCAGCCACAAGCUCAGACCCACACUCUGAACCUCAGGGGGGCUCCACGGGAGGCGAGGAGGAGGAUACCAAGUUGGAAGAGGUUAAGGAAGCCAAGAGCAACAAAAAACGACAACUCCGCUGUCCCAUGUGCAAAGUGACGGUCAACUCCAGCUCUCAGCUGGAGGCUCACUGUAGUGGCUCCAAGCACAAACAGAUGCUUGAUGGUCAUAAAAGCAACCAAUCACAACGCAGGGUCAAGAUGACAUCAUCCCCCAGGCCCACCUACCGAAUUAAGCAGCAAAUAGGAAGCAAGACCAGAACGAUUGUGGGUGUGUCCAGCCAGCCUUUUCACUGUGAAAUGUGCCAGGUAUCUGUCAACUCUGAGACACAGCUGAAACAGCACAUGAACAGUCGGAGACACAAAGAGCGUUUGGCUGGGAAGCCCGUCAAGGUGAAGUUCACCCCCUAUAACAAACUUCAGCCCAGCGCUAUCUUAGCGACUAAACUGGCUCUUCAGAAGCACCUAUCCAAGGCCCUCCCGGCAGGGUUCCUGACCAGCCCCCUCAAUCCAGCCGCCUUGUGCACCAUGGCCUCCGGACCUUUGGCACUACGACUGCCGCCUGGUCCUACAGCCUUCAUCCAGGGUCCCCUGAUCAGCCCCACCCUCUUUAGGCCUGCCCCAGGACCCCUGAGGGCCACACAUGCACCUAUUAUCUUCUCUCCUUACUAGCAAUGAGCCUGGCUAGUCUGAAGAACCUCUUAGAGAAGACCUAACCUUGUUCAGGCCAGACUUGCAGAAAUGUUUAUCUUGGCUCAUGAAGACAAAGCACCCUGAGGGAAAACCAGGACACAAUGCUGUGACCGCAAGGGGCAGGAUAUCAGCAUGACAAAUCAGAAGAGCAGUUUGCACAAAUCCUCGGGUGUGGAUUGAGAUUUCAGCGCUGACUGACCAGUGUUCUCUGCAUUAAAAAAAGAAAGGACCAUUGCUCAGCUGUUUUCCCUUGACAACAAACUGUUGAGUGCAUGAUCCUAAGGGUCUGGACCCCUCUGGAAGCCAUAAUGACAAGCAUCUCUUAGAUUUAUUUAUAUGAGAAUAACAGACUAGUACACUAGAGUAUUUAAAUGUCAAGUGUUUGUUGCUUAAUUUAUUUUACUUAAAGAGCUUUACAGUUUUUCUCCGAGAGAACAAGUACAAAUCUUUGUGUCUACUUAAGAAUCCAUAAACAAAUCUGAAUCAAGUAAAUCCAGGAAAUGCUCAUUUUUCAUCAAGUUAUCAUCAACUUUUAACAAAGGAAACAAAGGAGGAUCUGUAAUCUGGAUUACUAUGGAUGGAUACCUGUUAUUUAUUAUUCAUUAAGGAUGAACACAUACACUCAUUCUAAUUGUGUGUCUUUCUCUUUGUGUUAAGAGAUGACAAUCAACCACAAGACUAACGUCAUUUAAUACAUAUUAUGAGAGGAUUUAUUAAGAUUAUAACAUGUAAAGAUUACCAGGUGAUGGUUUGAAAAUAAGUUCUAAUAUUUCAACAGCUUGAUGCUGUUUGUGCAAUAUGAAGAGACAUGGUAUUGUGUGCUGUUCCCACAUUUAAAUGAUAAUAAAAUGUCAUUUAUUUCACCUAUUAUUAUGUAAAGAGUUGUAUAAUAAACUAUGAUAUUUCAGCUCCCCUGUCAUCUAAGUGUUCAUCUCAAGCAAUAUGUAUUUUUUAAGUAUCAAGUAAACUAAUGACUAUUGUAACUGUGCAUCAACUGCAAUAAUGUAAAUAAGUAUGUGCUGAACAUGUAAAUACUGUAACUUAUAUGAACUUAUAAAAGGGACCUUUUUUUACA